AUGGGCAAUAAAUGGAGAGAAUCAAGGGAGAUAAUCAGGGGCUUUCUAACAGCAGGCAACUAUAAUGCCACUAUCACGAACGAUGAACGUAAAGGUGGAGCCACUCGAAACCCAAUAGGAAGCAAAGCCUUCAGGAGCUUUAUUGCUCAUGCUGGACUCCUUGACUUGGGUUAUACAGGCCCAAAAUAUACUUGGAAGAGAGGGAAUCUACUAGUCAGAUUAGACCGGGCCUUAUGCAACCAGCAAUGGCUAGAAUCCCAUCCCAAUACAGAAGUCAUGCAUUUGCCAAUGAUCCAAAGCGAUCAUAGGCCUAUCCUCAUCCAACUAAAGGGAGAACAACAAGUCACAAAGCCACCAUUCCGAUUUUUUGCACCGUGGAUCUCACACCCGAACUUCAAGGACCUAGUAACCUUAACCUGGACUGAAGGGAGAAGUCUAGUUGAAAACAUUGAGCACUUCACUCUUGCGGUCCAAGACUGGAACCAUAAUACUUUUGGAAUUAUAGGUCGGAAUAAAAGAACUCUGCACAGGAGAAUUAAUGGUGUCCAAAAGGCACUUGAAAGGAACCCCUUCAACUCCUACCUGCUCGAGAUAGAGCGAGCACUCCUGGAUGACUACGAGAAUGUUUGUAUGCAGGAAGAGAUCCUAUGGCUCCAAAAAUCCCGUAGCCAGUGGAUCUGUGAUGGAGAUAGGAAUACUCAUUAUUAUCAUACCAAAGCGUUAAUUCGGCGCAGACAAAACAGAAUCUCUAUGCUAAAAGACAAUGAUGGGAGAUGGGUAUCUGAUCAGCACCAACUGAAGUCUAUGGCGACUAACUACUUCAAACAACUAUAUACACUUGAGGACGGCCAAUUUGUGCCUUACCCAUGUUCAGGUCAGUUUCCCCCACUUACUGAUUCUUUGUCAAUCCUGCUUGAUGGCCCUAUUUCAAAAGAGGAAACUAAAAAAGUGCUUUUUGACAUGGCCCCUCUGAAAUCGCCGGGAGUGGACGGACUGCACGCCAUCUUCUUCCAAUCUUAA